AUGCUUCUUCUCGACUAUCAAAACGUCCUUAUCGAAUCCCUCCUAAGGGAACGAAUCAAUGGAGGAGCUACCGCCAACAUUGACCAGGUCGUCUCCGACUUCGAUGGCGUCACCUUCCACAUCUCAACACCCGAGAGCAAGACCAAGAUACUAGUGUCGCUGCACAUCAAGUGCUUCAAGGAGCUGGUCCAAUACGGCGCGCAGGCAGUGCUGGAGCGAGAGUAUGGGCCUUAUAUCGUGGAGCCAGAAUCUGGCUACGAUUUCUCCGUGCUGGUAGAUUUGGAAAACCUGCCAGAAGAGCAGGAUGCCAAAGAAGACCUGGUCAGGCGCGUUUCCCUACUCAAGCGAAACGCCAUGGCUGCACCCUUCGAGCAAGCCUUCGACGAGUUCCAUGAGUUGCAGGAGGAAGCCUCCAAGUACACAUCCGAGUCGGCGCCACAGGGUGUAGCGGAGGGCGGUGCCGUGCGCGCGAUCCACUACCGAGAGGAGGAAGCCAUCUACAUCAAGGCCAGCCACGACCGUGUCACCGUCAUCUUCUCCACCGUCUUCCGGGAAGAGACAGACAGGAUAUUCGGAAAGGUGUUCCUUCAGGAGUUCGUUGACGCCAGGCGGAGAGCUAUUCAGAACGCACCACAAGUGCUGUUCCGGAAUGACCCGCCGCUUGAGCUGCAAGGCAUCCCCGGAGUUGACAACUCUGGCUCGGCUGAGAUUGGCUACAUCACAUUUGUACUCUUCCCUCGCCAUCUCGCCAAGCAACGGCGCGAUGAGGUUAUCUCGCACAUCCAAACCUUCCGCGACUACUUCCAUUACCACAUCAAGGCUUCCAAGGCCUUCAUUCACACAAGAAUGCGCAAGCGGACUGCAGACUUCCUUCAAGUUCUCCGCAGAGCCCGACCCGAAACAGAGGAGAAGGAGAAGAAGACAGCCAGCGGUCGUACUUUCAAGGUUCAGGCAUAG